AUGGCAGACUGGUUCUUUGACAGAUUAAUGAGCAGCACAAUGCUGGAGGAGAAAGCCCCUGCCAAUAGACAGAAGCUAAACCUCGAGCUACUGUUUUACAACCAUGGUGGGGAAAGAAAAACCAGAUUGUUCACCAAUCAAUUCGUAGACUACGGAGCCAAUUUGAGACUAACAAGUUGUAUGACAGUGGUGAGAAUGACAGGGCAAUUCUCCUUCAGUGAGGAAGAAGUAUCAUGUGCAUGGCAUCCUUGCCAAAAAGAGGACCACGCUGUCAUUCCUGAACCCCUCCAUCCACCAUGCUUCCAAGUUCAAACGCUCGUGUAUGAGUUGCUGCAGAAGCUGGAAAGCGCGGAUGAUACACUUUUUGGUUCGCACCUUGAUCUGGAUAUGCCGAAAGCACAAGUGGCAUAUGCUGGGACAAUUCCUGUUGGGAUUUCCUCUAUCUUCCACAGGGGUCAUGGUCCCAAUCUCUCACCAUCAAUCCUCUAA